GGUACCGCAUGGAGCUGUCCAUCUUCUACAUGGUCUACUUCGUGGUCUUCCCCUUCUUCUUCGUCAACAUCUUUGUGGCCUUGAUCAUCAUCACCUUCCAGGAGCAGGGGGACAAGGUGAUGUCUGAAUGCAGCCUGGAGAAGAAGGAGAGGGCUUGCAUUGACUUCGCCAUCAGCGCCAAGCCCCUGACGCGGUACAUGCCCCAGGACAAGCAGUCAUUCCAGUACAAGACAUGGACAUUUGUGGUCUCGCCUCCCUUCAAGUACUUCAUCAUGGCCAUGAUUGCCCUCAACACAGUGGUGCUAAUGAUGAAG